AUGUCGAUUGGACUGCCGGCAGAGAAGAUGAACAUGGAGACAGGGACUCCGCGGUUUACUAUUCUUAGUGUUUCAAAGAUGUCUGUAGGUGCUUUGUGUGAAUGGCAUAAGCUGCCUUUGAGCUUGAGUGAGCUUUGUAUUAACACUACCCUCAGGUGUGGCCAGUCUUUUAGAUGGCAGAACCUGCCAGAGAGUCAGGAAUGGCGAUGCGUUCUCUAUGGCCACCUUCUAUCGCUAAAGCAAGACUCGAAUUUCUUGUAUUAUAGAUCUGUGCAACCUCCUUCCAAUACGUCUACACCUCCAACCUCCGACAAUGACCAUCUCGUGCGCAUUAUCAAACAUUACUUCAAUCUGACGCCAAAUUUGACCGAACUUUACUCCCAAUGGUCAUUAAAAGACCCCAACUUCAAGAAAAAGGCCGCCCAAUUCACUGGUAUCAGGAUCCUUCGGCAAGAUGCCUGGGAAGCACUAGUGUCAUUUAUCUGCAGCAGUAACAAUAAUAUUGCACGGAUAUCACAAAUGGUGGAGAAAUUAUGCAUACAUUAUGGAAAACCUGUGGCUACAAUCGAAGGGCGCGCAUAUCAUGAUUUUCCUCCUCCAGGGGCAUUAACUGGCAAGGACGUGGAAAGCAAUCUGCGCAAGUUAGGGUUUGGAUACCGGGCUAAGUACAUCUAUCAAACUGCGGUUAUGGUAUCCAACCGAGAGAAGGGCUGGCUAGACAGUUUAAGCAAUCCUGAGUGUCCAGCAUUUGGCGUGGACCCUAAACCCAGUGGCGAAAUGAAACCAGAAGGUCGGGAGGGAUAUCGCGAAGCCCACGAAAAGCUUCUUGAGCUACAGGGAGUCGGGCCCAAAGUGUCAGAUUGCGUCAGUUUAAUGGGAUUAGGCUGGGGAGAGUCGGUGCCAGUUGAUACUCAUGUGUGGCAAAUCGCACAGCGCGACUACAAAUUUGGAAAAGCCUCAAACAAGAAUCUGAACAAGACAACUUACGAUGCUGUUGCCAAUCAUUUCCGCAAGCUUUGGGGCAAGGAAGCUGGAUGGGCUCAUAGUGUUCUUUUCACUGCGGAUCUGCGGACCUUUGCAGACAAACUUGCUGCAACCAAGAAGGUUGAUGUGAAAGUGAAAGUGAAAGAAGAAGAGUCUGGUGUCAAGGUCGAGACGAAUGUGGCAACCGCACUCUCAUUGAAAGUUCCCAAGGAGGAAGACGUUGAUGUAAAAAUCAAAGUCGAGGACUUAGAUGGUGUCAAGAAGCCCAGCGACAGGAAGCGCAAGGAGGCCGAGACCAUUGUUCCUGUCACUCAAACAACAGAGACACGGAGAAUGUCCAAGCGACUAAGACGCUAA